GCCGCCAUUCGCUAUUGUUUUGGUCGUUUUGGUGAUAAUCCGCUUAAUUAUUAUGCAUGACCGAUUUUGCAAGGUUUUAAGAGAAGCGUAGGAGUUGAUUUUGGCAGCAUCCGCAUCUGGAGGAUCUGUUCUUUGCAUUGAUGCCACUGCACGUAGUGAUGGUCUCUGGACCCAAGCCAAAAAACGGGCAGGAGUCAGCCAAUGACAGUGCCACGUGCAGCGUUUGUUUGGUGGCUCCUCGCAGUGGCUCCGGCAAGACUCGGUGGCGAGCACGAGUUCUUCGGGCCGAAGCCUGUUCCAGCGGGCCGCCGACAGAGGCGCCAGUCUGCGCGUGCGUGGACAAGUGCCGCGUCGUUCUCACGCGAAUACCUGAGCUGGAAGCCCUGACGAAGAACACGCCGUCGGUGCGGCGGCCCCAUGAGGCCACCGAGGCAGACCUCGGCAAGACCCUCAACCGCACCAGGCCGAAGAGAAAUUUAAUUCAGGAGACCGAGGAAUUUGUUUAAAUAAUGUCGCUUUUAUUUUUAUUCAGGAUUGAGCCUUCUGUGGAGCAAGACCUGCAGUAUGUCUUGAAGACUGAACCAAAGCUCAGCAAUUAUUAUUUAAUUUUAUGAAUUUCUUAAACAAAAGACAAAAAUAAUUCGUAAUAACCUAGGAAGUUACGUGUUAAUUAUUUUAUUUGUCUUUCAAUGUGUUCAAACAUGCAUAAUCAUCAUAAGAGCUGGUUUCAUCGUUUUGAGCAAGUUUUCCUCUGGCUCCGAAUGUCGGUAAAGUCAGGAAUUAAUUAAAAAUUUGAAUUUUUGGCUGCAGAUCGAUCUCGCCGCUCUUGGCCUGCCUGCUCCUCCUGAAAACAUGCCAGACAUUGACUUUCUGACGCCGUGUUCGCAGAUGUUCUCGUUCGGACUCACUUCUUUUCCCACUCUCCCAAAAUCAACUCCUCACGUCGACCUCUUUGAUAAGGCUUGGCAACUGCGGUUAGCCGCACCUGGUGGGGUACGGCGCCAAGUAUUGCUCGUACCUGCUGUCGCGGGCGAUCGCGUCCUGGAUCUGGCAGCAGUACUUGGAAGAGAACCCGUUCUGCGGCGACGCCGGGAGUGCCUGGCCCACGGAGGCGGCCUCCAGCCGCGCCAGCUCGUGGCCGCCGCGCUCGCCGGCAAGCAGGUGUCGCCGCAGGAACUCGCCUCGGCGCUGGUGCGCGACCUCGAGACCAGACACAGCCUCGUCGACCGCGCCGUCAACGCCUGAGCAACAGACUGAAUUUUGAUACAAUAAAAACGACUCGCUCCGAUUGUGAAAUGAAAGAUAGUCCAACAGUGUCUGUAUAUUGAUUGU